AUGCCUUCUCUUACAGCGUCUCCAACUGCUGCCGCUGCUCCUCAAAGUGUAAAGCAGAAUGGCAACAUUCCGUCGCCCUCUCCACUCAGUAUCAUCGAUAUUCGUGGUGAAUAUGUCGAGAUGAAUUUGAAGGACGAGAUUGCCACUUCUUUCAACCCUGAUGAUGGCCCAAGAAAGCUCCCCACUCUUCUUCUAUACAACGAGAAAGGGCUACAGUUAUUCGAGGACAUCACAUAUCUGGAUGAGUAUUACUUGACAAACUAUGAAAUCGAGAUCUUGAAAAAGAACUCGGCAGAGAUUGCCAGCCAGAUUCCUGAGGGAUCCAUGGUGAUCGAGUUGGGAAGCGGAAACCUUCGAAAGAUCUGCUUGCUUCUACAGGCCUUUGAAGAGGCCAAAAAGUCUAUCCAAUACUUUGCUCUGGAUCUAUCUCUCAAAGAACUUGAGCGUACUUUGGCUCAGGUACCUGACUUCAAAUAUGUCUCGUGCCAUGGCCUUUUGGGUACAUAUGACGACGGAAGGGAAUGGCUGAAGCAUCCCUCUCUCACGAGCCGUUCGAAGUGCAUCAUUCACCUCGGUUCUAGUAUCGGAAACUUCACACGUGACGAGGCAGCUGAUUUCUUGGGAGGGUUCGCAGAGGUCCUUACGCCGUCCGAUUCCAUGAUCGUCGCGGUUGACUCUUGCAGUAACCCAGCCCGGGUUUACCAUGCAUACAACGGUACGUAG